AUGGCGGCAGGAGGGACAUUGUCAUUUUCGGUAGCGUCCAUGGUGGAGGAUGUGCUUCAACAGCAUGGUACUCGCGUCGGAGAUCUCAAUUUGGAGUCUAGAAAAGCUGAGGAAGCUGCAUCAAGAAGAAAUGAGGCUGCUGGGUGGCUUAGAAAGAUGAUCGGUGUUGUUGUGGCUAAAGAUUUGCCUGCUGAGCCUUCCGAGGAAGAGUUUAGGCUUGGAUUGAGAAGUGGGAUUAUCCUCUGCAACGCUAUCAAUAAGGUUCAACCUGGAGCUGUGCCCAAGGUGGUAGAAAGUCCAUGUGAUUCAGCUUUGAUCCCUGAUGGGGCGGCAUUGUCUGCGUUUCAGUACUUCGAGAAUGUGAGAAACUUCCUUGUUGCUAUUCAAGAAAUGGGGCUUCCCACGUUUGAGGCUUCCGAUUUGGAACAAGGAGGGAAAUCUGCAAGGGUUGUGAAUACAGUUCUGGCACUUAAAUCCUACAGUGACUGGAAACAGACUGGGGGUAAUGGCAUAUGGAAAUUUGGUGGAAAUAUAAAACCUACUACGUCAGCCAAGUCUUUUGUAAGAAAAAAUUCCGAGCCAUUCACGAACUCGUUGUCAAGGACCUCCUCAAUGAAUGAAAAACCGUUGGCUGCUCAGGCCUCUGAUCUUGAUUCUAAUAAAAUGUCUAGUUCUCGCACCUUUAGUAUGCUUGUCCGUGCACUUCUAUUAGAUAAGAAGCCUGAAGAAGUUCCAGUGGUGGUAGAGUCUGUGCUAAGCAAGCUCGUGGAGGAAUUUGAGCAACGUAUUGCCAGCCAAUAUGAAUUGACAAAAACAACUCCGAAAGAUGCGGCUGUUUCUCACAGCAAAAAGCCUUCAAUGAAAUUCGCUUCUGGUGACAAAAUGAUGGAAGACAAAAACUCGUUCAAUAAAAGUUACGUCUCUGAAGAGGAAUCAAAAGGUCGGCUGCUUAAGCAGCAAAUGAUCUUCGAUCGACAACAAAGAGAUGUUCAGGAACUAAAGCAAACUCUUCACACUACAAAAUCUGGUAUUCAGUUUAUGAAAAUGAAGUUCCAUGAGGAGUUCAACAAUAUUGGUUUGCAUAUUCACAGCCUAGCUCAUGCUGCGAGUGGGUAUCACAGAGUACUUGAGGAAAACCGAAAGCUUUACAAUCAAGUCCAAGACCUCAAAGGAAGUAUCAGGGUUUAUUGUCGAGUGAGACCUUUCUUAUCUGGACUUUCAAACUAUAUGAGCACUGUGGAUCACAUAGAAGAUGGAAAUAUCACUAUUAACAUCCCCUCAAGACAUGGGAAAGGACGUAGGUCCUUCAACUUUAACAAAGUCUUUGGGCCAUCUGCAACCCAAGCGGAUGUUUUCUCUGAUAUGCACCCACUGAUUCGGUCUGUCCUUGAUGGUUACAAUGUUUGUAUUUUUGCAUAUGGCCAAACAGGAUCAGGGAAGACUUACACUAUGACUGGACCCAGAGAGCUUACAGAGAAAAGCCAAGGUGUAAAUUAUAGGGCAUUGGGAGACUUGUUUCUGAUAGCAGAUCAAAGAAAGGACACUUUCAACUAUGAUGUUUCUGUUCAGAUGAUUGAGAUCUAUAACGAGCAAGUCCGAGAUCUUCUUACAGGUCUCAGCGUGCCUGACGCAAAUCUUAUUCGUGUCUCAUCAACAUCUGAUGUUAUUGAUCUGAUGAACCUUGGACAAAGAAAUCGUGUUGUGGGUGCAACUGCCCUAAACGACCGUAGUAGUCGCUCUCACAGUUGCUUGACUGUUCAUGUUCAAGGAAGGGAUUUGACAUCUGGAGCUAUUCUUCGUGGCUGUAUGCAUCUGGUUGAUCUUGCAGGGAGUGAGAGGGUAGACAAAUCUGAGGUGACCGGAGAUAGAUUAAAAGAAGCUCAACAUAUUAACAAGUCACUCUCGGCUUUAGGGGAUGUGAUUGCUUCCCUUGCCCAAAAGAACUCACAUGUCCCUUACAGAAACAGCAAACUAACACAGCUGCUCCAAGAUUCACUUGGUGGACAAGCCAAGACACUUAUGUUUGUUCACAUAAGUCCUGAGCCAGAUGCUGUUAGUGAAACAAUAAGUACACUUAAAUUUGCAGAGCGAGUAGCCACAGUUGAACUUGGUGCUGCCCGGGUAAACAAAGAUAGUACAGAUGUCAAAGCACUCAAAGAACAGAUUGCUGGUCUUAAGGCAGCACUAGCCAGGAAAGAGGAGGAAGAUGAACACAAUAAACGCCCAGCCUCUGGUGGCUCCGAUAAAUAUAGGACAAAAGCUAGUGAAUUGUCACCUUUUCAUUCCAAACAUCAGGGUACAGACAUGCUAGGCAAUCAGAUUGGCUGCCGGCAACCAAUGGGCAAUGUAGUGAUCACUGAGCCCCACAACAAUUCGGCCUCAAGGCAAAAAAGAGAGAGCUUUGAUCUUGAUGAGCUACUAGUGAAUUCACCUCCCUGGCCCCCAGUUGAAAGUCCUAGCCAGAAUUAUGGGGAGGAUGAUAAAGACAUGGGCUCGGGUGAGUGGGUGGAUAAGGUUAUGGUGAACAAGCAAGAAGCAGCAAGCAGAGCUGGAAAUCCUUUAGGAUGCUGGGGAGCAGACAAUGGGAAUUUAACUGAUGUUUUCUACCAGAAAUAUCUCCAGGAUUCUUCCAAGGUUUAUACAGAACAGUCGUACAAUAUGUUCAUGGGAAGCAACGGGUUCAAUGUCGCUAGUACAGAUGACAUGGAUGAUCUUGAUGCUGCCACCAGUGACUCUUCAGAGCCAGAUCUGCUCUGGCAAUUCAAUCAGACUAAACUUACUAACAUGGGCAAUGGCAUUGGGUCAAAGACCAAGAAAUCUAAUGCAAAGCAAGUGAAAAGCCCAGAUCUAAGCAAGAGCUUUAAUCCUUCUUCUCUAGGCCCUUCACCUUCACGGAAACCUUUGAAUGGGGUGCCACAUAGGAUUGCAAGGCAGCCAGCUCCAGCUGAGAUGAAACGCAAAGCUGGGAAUAGAAAGUAG